GAGCUGGAUUCUGGUAGCGGCAGGGCACGGAGCUGGGUGGGCGCAGAGCCUCAACCUCCCACCGCUUCCUCACUCUCCAUCCCUCUCUUGCCGCCUUCCACUGGCCUCGCUGCGGCCACAGCCUCCCUGGGAACUGUAGUGAGGGUCGAGGGGCUGGUGAGGCUGCAGCCCGCGAGGAGGCGCAGGGCGCGGGAGUGUGGGGAGCGCGCCCGGCCUGCCAGAGAUCAGAUAACAGUCAGCGGGGGAGGGGUGCGUCGCCCGCGCUCACAGCCCACGGAGCAAAGGACUACAGAGCGCUGCCUGGAGCCAGCGCCCGGUGCCCCGGGGCAUUGUCCAGGGGUGUGACCCCAACUCAUGGCUAGACCGAAGCUAUUGGCGGUUGGAACUGAUGCGCCCCUCAGCAUGGAGCGCCCCCGGGUGCUGCCCUAAGCCGGCGAUGCAGCCUGUGCGGCGACGGCGGCGUCCGGGGCCAGGAACGGCAGCUCAGAGCUCGGAAGACGCGGAGUGUGCCGCGCCCCGGGGACUGACUGAGCCUCUUUGGGCUCGGUGGUUUGAACACAAGCUGUCCCAACGUGGCCAGUUCCUGCCGUGCUGCCAAGGAGCCUUCCCACCUGGAGCCGGCCUGGGGGCGAGGAGCAAGGGCUGCCCUAUCCCCGGGAUGACUGCAGCCAGCCGAGCCAACCCCUACAGCAUUGUGUCAUCAGAGGAGGACGGGCUGCACCUGGUCACCAUGUCGGGUGCCAAUGGCUUUGGCAACGGCAAGGUUCACACGCGGCGUAGGGGCAGAAACCGCUUUGUUAAAAAGAAUGGCCAGUGCAACAUUGAGUUUGCCAACAUGGAUGAGAAGUCACAGCGCUACCUGGCUGACAUGUUUACCACCUGUGUGGACAUCCGCUGGCGCUACAUGCUGCUCAUCUUCUCAUUGGCCUUUCUUGCCUCCUGGCUGUUGUUUGGCAUCAUCUUCUGGGUCAUUGCUGUGGCUCAUGGUGACCUGGAGCCAGCUGAAGACCGUGGCCGUACGCCCUGCGUGUUGCAGGUACAUGGCUUCAUGGCAGCCUUCCUCUUCUCCAUUGAAACUCAGACCACCAUUGGCUACGGGCUGCGCUGUGUGACAGAGGAGUGCCCAGUGGCUGUUUUCAUGGUGGUGGCACAGUCCAUCGUGGGCUGCAUCAUUGACUCCUUCAUGAUUGGUGCCAUCAUGGCCAAGAUGGCCAGGCCCAAGAAGAGGGCGCAGACACUGCUGUUCAGCCACAAUGCUGUUGUGGCGCUGCGCGACGGCAAGCUUUGCCUCAUGUGGCGUGUGGGCAACCUGCGUAAGAGCCACAUCGUGGAGGCCCAUGUGAGGGCUCAGCUCAUCAAGCCGAGGGUCACAGAGGAGGGUGAGUACAUCCCGCUGGACCAGAUUGACAUCGAUGUGGGCUUUGACAAGGGCCUUGACCGCAUCUUCCUGGUGUCGCCCAUCACCAUCCUGCAUGAGAUUGACGAGGCCAGCCCACUGUUUGGCAUCAGCCGGCAGGAUCUGGAGACAGACGACUUCGAGAUCGUGGUCAUUCUGGAGGGGAUGGUAGAGGCCACGGCCAUGACUACACAAGCCCGAAGCUCUUACCUGGCCAAUGAGAUCUUAUGGGGUCACCGCUUUGAGCCUGUCCUCUUCGAGGAGAAGAACCAGUACAAGAUUGACUAUGCACAUUUCCACAAGACCUAUGAAGUACCCUCCACUCCCCGCUGUAGCGCCAAGGACCUGGUGGAGAACAAGUUCCUGCUGCCCAGUGCCAAUUCCUUUUGCUAUGAGAAUGAGCUGGCCUUCAUGAGCCGUGAUGAGGAGGACGAAGCUGAUAAAGACCAAGACAGCAGCAGUCCUCAAGCUAGGCACGACUUUGACAGACCCCAGGCUGGUGGCAGUGCCCUUGAGCAGCGGCCCUACAGGAGGGAGUCAGAGAUCUGAACUGCUGUUGGCCAAGGUGCAGCAUCCGCCCAAGCCAGGGAGAGGCCUGCAUUCCCCAAGGGCCCAGAGUUUUGGCUGAAUGGGCCAGACACUCUGGUUGCAGACUCAGUAGUGUUUUAGAUGUUUUAUGUUUCUCCACAAUGGCCUUGGAAGGUUGGCGGGAGAGUGGGUGGCUGGAGCAGGCAGUCCCCAGCCUCAAAUGCCCAAGCAGGCUCGGGGGGAAGGGGUGACCUCCUGGGGGCUGGACCUUCUGCCUGAGGAAGGGGCUGCAGUCUGCCCAGAAAUAGCUCUGCAGCUGGCAACCCAGCCUCUGGGUGAGGCUGGCAGGCUGUAGGACAACCUGCUGGUUUUUAACUUGGGGAGAAGCGAUGGGUUUUGGCUUUCUCAGUCUUAGCUUGGGAAAGACUGUUUACAAAAAAAAUUAACAUGUGAUUAAUUUUGUUUUAAUCCAUGAGGGUACAAAAAAGGGACAAUUAGAAUUCCAUUUGUUUGCCAGGAUGCAAGCAGCUGGUUGGAGGCUCUUGACACUUCCCCAAGGCUGGAUGGACCUCUGUCUCCUCUGUGAAGGCCAGGCCCUGGCGGGUGGUGGGCCUAUGGAAAGCACAGCAACACCAUGGUUUUUUAUGCAUGUGGGUAGAUUAGAUUCCAUUUGUGAUAGAAAAACCAAGACCAUGCUCAUUAUCAUAAUACAAGCUUUCCAGUGUCAUAGAGGAGGAGGAAAGGGGCAAGAAAAAACUAGUUUGAGCUUUUUAAGUUUAACUUUGCCCAUUAGAGGUGCUUCUCAGGGUUGGAUAGGAGACCUGUCUGCCAUGGAGGGUUUCCUCUCCCUCAGUUCACUGUAUUCUCCUGGUUUACUUUUCUCUUUUUCUGGCCAGUGGCCUCCACCCCUUCCAUGGAGAGGGCCGUUGGGAAAUGCAGGGAUGGAUGGCUCCAUGGGACGGAAGCCUGGUUCCUGGACUGAUAGGAACUGGAUCAGCCCCAUUUUGUAAGGGCCCUAGCAUGACUUGUGCCUUAGAGACACCGAGUGGUCUGGCUUCAGUUUUUGUUUUUAUAGGACUCUCCCCACUACCCUGACUCUACUGUGAAGUCCCUGCCAGCCUCUCUGUCUGAAGAGGCUGGGCUGGCCAGUGCUCCCUCUGAACCUGGGGCAGCAUGGGUGAGCCCAGGUGAGUGGCAGCCAGCCUGUACCUGGCCUGAAUGACAGAGGAACAGUCUUAGGGAAGAUGUGAAAUUGUUGGCUGAGGUGACUAGGAGUAGUACACACAUCCAGGAACUCUAGUCAAGAAGAGGUUUGGGGCUGAUGACUCUGCUGGCCCAGAAUCAGGCCCCCUGGAUGAGAACUUGCCCAGUGGGGACUUGUUUCUGUCAAAGAAGACAGCUGGUGGAGCCUGGACCCUGGGAUAGAGCUGGGACCCUUUCCAGGACAGCUAAGAGUGCUAUCCUUCCAAAUGACCAGUCCCAUGAGGAAGUUAGUACUGGUUUGCUUGUCCAGGCUGUUUCAACCAUGCCCUCAGGACAGCUCACAACCUGAGGCACCAGAGACACUGGCCCAAAUUGGGGAAACUGAGGCAGAGUGCAAGGUCAUGCAAAUAAGGAGUAGGUUUCCAGUGACAGGAAGAGGUUAGGGUCUGGGUGGGGUCUCCUGAAUCUUCCCUCCUCCUCUGACCCUUACUACAGCUGGAGACCUGACCUGAGGUCAGGGGCUGUGGAAGGCCUGGGCAUGGACUAUCAGCUCCCCACCAGAGAUACCCUGACAGCCCCUACACUGAGGUAGGCCUGACUCCCAACACCCUGUCCUAGCCUCAGACCUCACCCUGACUUCUGGCCAAGAAGAUUCACCCUGAGGCACUGGAGGCAGCUCUUUCAGGAUCUGCUGGAGGAGCCUCUGUUCUGAGCCCAGUAAGGCUGACUUACUCAGCCUUAGCCCUGGGGUGAGGUUGGAGCUGAUGUUGGAGCACUUACCUACUGAUCCUGUCCCAGAUUGUCAGGCUGAGCCAGGGUGGAACAAGGUGACUCGUUAGUUGGGCAGCAUUAGGGGCUGGUGCUCUGAUCUGCCCAGCAGCCAGAGAUCCUUCCAGGGCCGGGUGGACCAGCCUUCCACUCCAGAGUAUACUCACUCCAGAAAUCACUCACUUCCACUCAUCGGGAGUAUCACUCACUGGAACUUCUAGGCUCUGGUGAUUUCAGGUGGCCUGAUGUACCUUUUCUCAGGUCUGUCCCCUCCCAGGCCAUGCCAGACAGUCUAGUCCCCAGGUCCUUUAGGAGAGAAGCUCCAAGCUGCCUUUAUCUCUCGCCAAAGGCAGAUGCUGUUUUUUCACUUUUCUGCCCUUUCCCCCCUCUUCUGUUUGUAUGUAUGUAUGUAUUUAUUUAUUUAUUGCUUGUGCUAAAGAUCAAAAUAGUCUCCCUUUUUAAUUCACUUGAAACUGGAGGGUGGUUGGGAGGAGGGGCUGUUGUGUGUGCAGAGUGAGGAUCACAUGGCUCCUGGGGAGUGUGUGAGGGGGGAUAUGUGUCCACGUGUGGUGUGUGGAGAAUGGGAAUGCUCAUAUACAUGUGCAUGCAUGUGGUAUGUGGCAUGUGUGCAUGCGUAUGUAUGUCGGGUAUAAUCUGUGAGGAGCAGGUAUGUAUUCCAAAGUGCCCCGGCCCUCACCUUCCCAGGCAGCAGGAUUUCCAAGAAUUUUCUCAAUAGUCUGAACCAGGAGGUCUGAGGUUGGAGUGGGCUAUGGAUGUGGCCUCUGGCACGCUCUGCCCUGGAGCACUGAGCUGCUUAUGCCAGAAAGGGCAGAAGUGUGUGUGUGUGACUGUGAGAGUGUAAGCAUAAGGUGUGUGUGUUCAAGUGAAACAUACAGUUGUUGCUUUGCCUGUAAGUACAUGAACAUGUGGAUUCAUUGUACAUGGGACUGUUGUACAGAUGUGUGACAGUGACAGUCUCUGUGUGAAUCUGGGAUGAUGACACAGAUCUGUGAUAUGUAUGUUUGUCUGCAUACACAUAGGCUGUGCAUAUUUACCUGUAGGUGUGUGUGUGUGUUUUCUUUCUCUUUUUUUUUUUAUUGUUCAA